UUUACUAGUUUCAACAAUGGAGAAAUUCACACCAUAUGUUGGGCAGUUUGUAAUUCAAUUGACAUAUGCAGGCAUGAACGUCAUUGUAAGACUUGCUCUGCAAGAUGGACUCAGUCAUUAUGCUUUUGUGACAUAUAGGCAGGCUAUUGCAACAUUAGCCAUUCUUCCUUUUGCUUAUGUUAUAGAAAGAGAGCAGAGGCCAAAAAUGACAUGGUUCAUCUUGCUCCAAAUCUUCUUGCUUGCAUCUGGGAUCACUGUCAGUCAGAACUUUUACUUUCAAGGAGUCUAUUACACUUCUGCCACUUUUGGUUCAGCAGCUCUAAACCUGAUACCAAUUAUUACAUUUGUGAUGGCUACUUUUGUAAGAUUGGAGAGAUUUGACAUUAGAACUUUGAGAGGAAAAGCAAAGCUUGCUGGUACAAUUGUUUGUGUGAGUGGUGCCAUGAUUAUGACCUUCUACAAGGGUCCUUCUUUUAGAAUGUCUUCAUCAUCUGCUCAUGAGACAUCCAAUCCAAAGUCUGUUAAUAAUAACAUGGCACUGGGCUCCAUCUUGGUUUAUGGAGGGAUCACAGCUUGGUCUGCGUGGAUUGCCUUUCAGGGCCCUGUUAUAAAAAGAUACCCAGCCUACUUAUCCUUGACAACACUCACAUGUCUCUUUGCAGCAGUGCAGUCUGGUUUAGUUGGUAUCAUAUGUGAGCGCAACAAAUUGACGGUGUGGGCCAUACGGUCCAAUAUUCAGCUUCUCAGUGUUUUGUACUCGGGUAUCAUAUGCUCAGCAAUUGGGUUCUAUGUACAAGCAUGGUGUAUCCAGAAAAAAGGGCCUGUCUUUGUAGGGGUGUUCAGUCCAUUGUGCACAAUAUCAACAGCUGUACUGGAAUUUCUCCUCCUCCAUGUCUCACUUUAUUUGGGAAGUUUGUUAGGAGCAUUUUUUAUCAUCUUGGGACUUUAUUCUGCACUAUGGGGUAAAGCAAAGGACCAGCAGAAGACUGAUGAGAUGCCAAGUGGAGAUAAAGAAGCACAAGCACAUGCACAGCAACCCAAGGAGAAAAGUCCUCAGCUUUUGAGAAAGGAAGAGAGCAUUGUUUAAUCUUACAAAACAUAGCUAGGCCCUGCCCUACUCAAUCAUAUAAAAAACAUUCUUCUUUCCCAAAUAAGUUUAUUUUUGUCCAAAGGAAGGCAAUUGUCACACUAAAUUAGAUUAGAAACAAGAUAAAUUUUCUUUCUCAGAAAAGUUGUCUGUUACUUCUGUUGCAGUUUUGCUGCUGCUCUUUUAGUAGGGUUUCAGGUGCCCUUCAAAAUCUGAUUUACUCUUUUUAAUAAAAAAGGUGGAAUGAUAAUUUAAAAUUCA